AUGAAAGAAGAAGCUAUACAAGUAAUCGGCUAUACAAAGAAAACUCUACAGCAAGACACACCAGCCAAAAUAAGAGAAAAGAAAAGAAGGAUCAGUAGGGUCCAACAGUACAGAAGCCAAAAGGAAAAAAAAAGACUUAGGCUAAUUGAUGAUGAAGAAAGAAAGCCCAAAGUUAAUAGAGCUUUCGGACAAAGAAUUAGUAGAAAUAUACCAAAAGAAAACAAAACCCACAGAGAAUCCUGA